AUGCCCCGGUUCCGCGUCCCCAAUGCUAGCCUCAUCGCCAGUGCGGAUCUCCCCAUCCUUCCGUUCCUCGCCCCGAGAGUCUUUGCAGAGUCAUCUAUACCGAGAAGGAGCAGGCAACGCCAUGCAAGGAGCGACACAAUCCACCAAGAAGAGAAGAAGACGGCAAAACAUGUAGAGCAAGGCACGCGGGUGGAAUGUGAAGAAGGCAUGUCAGAGAUCCGACAGGUGAUUGGAACAGCAUGUCGCAAGCAACGCAUACAAGACGCUUCUGCUACGGAGCUUCUGCAGACGUCUGGUCAUUGGAGGAUAGGAACAGACCGUCCGGUUUCUGCCAAUCGUCUUUAUGCUGAGAUAUCGAAUCUCACUCGCCAAUAUGCCCGAUCAUAUGCAACGAUCGCAUCCAACAACCAAGGCGUAGCUGAGGGAAAGAAGUCCUCACGACGCCGAGCUCGCCGGGUACAACCUACUCGCUCUUCGUCCCCGUCGGCCCUUGUUCAAAACGGACCUAUACGAGCCAUAGCACGGGCAAAGGCCCGUUCCAUAGAAGAAGCGCGACUUUACAACUACUUGUCCAGACUACCCCCCUGGUUUACAAGUAGAAGGCACAUGACACAAGGCCAAUACAGGUCUCUUUCGCGGCGCGUGACAAAUCUCAUUCGCUGGGAUUUAACGCAUCUAGACCUGACGAGGGCAGCUGAUGGUGGGCUUCAUUACGCAUUUGCAGCACUGGAUCGAUCACUCUAUCCAUCUCUACGAAGGCACACACGUAGAGUCACUAUAAAACAUGAUCCUCGAUGUGUUCGGUUGAGUUGGAAACUUUUUACGCCUGGUACUCCUGGAACCUCUUCAACUCUGCACCAAGUGUGGCGAAAUUGGGUAGCACUUGAUGUUUCGACACGGAAAGCCUACGCCCAUCGGUUGCUCAUUUAUCUCCUCGAUCGUCAACCUGGCCGUGCUUUACCCUUCACACAAGUUUUGGCCAACGAUCCACUCUUGCGAAACCGAAAGACUGAAACUAUCGCGGAUGCUCUCGGUCAUCUCGCUCAGCUCCAUACACAAGGACUGUAUGAUAACAAAAGUUGGGGCGCCGACCCAGAGGCACACAAGCGCCUAUUUGUCCCGGCAUUCGUGCACGUCUUCAAAAAGUCAUUAGCUGGCCGGAUCGGUGUCUGUUCUCAAGACCUGUUGUACAACCUAGUCGAGCUAGCCACAACGGAGGACCUGAAGAAGGUGUUUGACUGUCUCGUGAAACACAGGGCACGCAUGGGAUUCGACACUGUGCUGCACUAUGCAACCGCGUUUGGGCAGGCUGGCGAAGUGCAGUAUGCAUUGAAAUGUCUCGACUUGCUCACAGCCAGACAUACGGCUACAGCUUGGGAGGUUAUGGUGGAGCGCAAAAGACUCCGAUGGACGUGCGCUGUCAUACUGCGAAAGAGUAUGAGUGCAAGUCAAGACUUUCAUCAGACCCCGGUUGUCGUCGCUGCUAUCGUACGCUUGGGUAUCAAGAUGGACAUACUUCUUUACAACGUCGUCAUGCACAACGCUAUGGAGGCCGGAGACUACGCUACGGCCUUCAAGGUAUACAAUUCCUUGGAGAACAACGAUAUACAGCCAGACAAGCACACCUUCUCGAUAAUGCUUCACGGAUGUACCAUGCAAGACAACCCAGCAUUCUUCCAAACUUUCGCACAACAUUGUGCCGAUAUAGCAAAAGAUAUCCAGGACCCAUGGCUAGCAGCAGACUAUCUCUACUACCUUCAGGUACGCCACAAAGGUGAUGAGGACGUCGAACGUACCUCAGCCUUGCUAUGGCAGUCCUAUGCCGAACAUUUCUCAGUAGCGCCACUGCAGUCCUUCAUUGGCUACGGAACUCCAGACCUAAGGAAAGCCAGCAUCUCACAAAAUUCGUCUGCUCUUGGCUCUAUGUUGUUAACCCCUCCACCGGUAGCGAUGUACAUUAUGCUGCAAACAGAGAUCCGAUCAGCGUUGGCGAUUAGCAAUACGCGAGUCUACAACCUUUAUCUCAAGUUCAAGUCGGUCGUGGAAGAAGGAGGAGAUCCAGAAUUUGAUGCGGUGGUUCAAGAUCCAAUGAUCUGGAACGCUUUCCUCUUCGCCUUUUGUCAAAAACAGCAAUUUGCAAACGCAUCUCAGCUCAUUCAAGAUAUGACGGACGGCCCAGCAAAGCCCAACAUCUACAGCUGGACUAUCUUUAUGCAGGCUUUCUUUAAAACGGGUCAAGUGCAAGCGGCAGAACGUGUCUUUCAGAUCAUGCGAAGCAGGGGUGUCGAUCCUGACCAGUUCACAUGGGGAGUUUUGCUGCGAGGGUAUGCAAAAGCACAACUUGUUGACCGGAUCGGCGAUACUAUACCGCAUCUUGACGCUGAACAGGAAUUAGACCCUGAUUUGCUAAGGCAUUUCGCGAAAGUAGUGGACCGGAAGAAGCUGAUGGGCGUAUUGGAGGAGAACAGACUUCAUAGAGAGGCGAGUGCGCUGGAGAAAGCGAAUCGAGAGGCUGAAGAAGAGCGAUCCAGGUGGUGGGACGAGCUCGCAGAUGGCGAAGCAGCAACAAGAAGCGAUAUUUCUCCAGUCCAACUUGACGCGACUGCAGCCGUGCAGAACGAAGAAUCUUUUGCCACCCAACCUGGCUCAUCGGCUGUUCUUCCAAAGCGUACUUUGGUACCUGAGCAACCAACGGAACCACCUCAAAUGCCUAGAAGCCAGCCGAGACCACCGCAAGCCAAUCUACAGGAUCCCGAAGUUCAAUACAGAAAACUCCAGGAGCAGCUAGGUCUUGUCGAGCCUACCGGACUCGCCGUCAAUGAUCACGUCGAAUCGGAACCGGUCGAGCUACUCAGCACAGACCUCGGCUUCAAGAGCAUGAUAGGCAAGAACCAGGUCAAAACUAUGGAUUCUAGCAAACCCGCUACUACGCGGAAGAGGGCUAGGUUCAAUCUCGCCAAACCCAGGAGUGGGGGUGACUUGGAGUGA